AAAGAAAAACAGUUUACUCGAUGGAAUUCCUGUACGAGUGAAGCUCGAUCAACUGACAGAUGAAGAACUGAGGCGUCUUGUCUCAAAGUCAUCACCACGUAUAGCGCAUCUGUCGAAAACAUUGGUUUCUAUAUUUCGAUCAUUGGAAAACGUUCCUCCAACGUCCAACUCGCGUCAGCUAACACCAGCUGAUUUACUCCGAGGAUGUGCUCGAGUGAACAUGCUCAGUGACCUCUCCUCCAAUAUGGCUAUAUUCGCAGAGCUACUCGAUUCUUGGUGUCUUGCUGAUCUUCCUGACAGGGCAAUGAAGUUAUGUGAGAAGGUUGCUGCUGCUCUUUCGAUUACUGGUGAUCAGAUCUCUUUCCACCUAUUCCUCCGACAACCAACGUUUUCACAUGAUGAUCGGUGGUGCACAGUUGGGCGAUGUCGCCUGCCAAGUUCUCCCUCUCUACGCGGUGCGCAAGCGCACCGAUUAGGCCAUACACGAGAUGUACUACAGCUCAUGGAGCGUCUCGCAGUAUGCGUUCAUAACCGUGAACCUGUACUUCUGGUCGGAGAAACUGGUGUUGGAAAGACAUCUAUAGUGCAAUGUUUGGCGUCAGCUGUUAACGCCACACUGAAAGUUGUGAAUCUCACUCCCUCAUCCGAUACCGAUGAACUCAUAAGCGGGUACAAGCCUACAACAAUUUCUCAAGUUCUCUCACCAUUUACACACUUCUAUCAUGAGGUCUUCUCCAAUACAUUCGAUGUCACGAAGAACCAAAAAUUUCUUUCUCACCUAGAGGAUCCCCGAUGGGCCUCUGUGAUCGUCCGUGGAAGAAGAAUACGUGAAAGCUUGCAAAACGGUGCUGCUCUUUUUGCAAUAUCUAGAGGUGCUGUGCUCGAAGCAGCGCAAGAAGGGUACUGGCUUCUGAUUGACGAGAUUAACCUGGCUCCUCCCGAGAGUCUCGAUGCGAUUGUGCAUGCCAUUUUGGGUAACGUUCAUCCGAAUUUUCGACUAUUUGCUUGCAUGAACCCUGCAACAGAUGCUGGUAAACGGAGGCUUCCUGCGAGUGUUCGAACACGAUUCACUGAGUUUUAUGUGCCGGAAAUGACCGACGCCCACCAGAUAGCCUUGGUUGUUUCUGCUUAUCUUCCCUCGAUGAAAUCAGCUGCUGUCAGUAACUUGGUAAACUUCUAUCUUCAAGCAAAACAACUCUAUCCGAUGAGCUACAGCUUGCGAACCCUGUGCCGUGCUCUGAUGUUCGCAUCUGAGAAUAUGUUUGGUAAUGAGGAUCGCUCAUUAUAUGAAGCGAUAUGUAUGGCUUUUCUCACCAAUCUUGAUGCCGAAGCUAAAGAAAAAAUGCGGGUCAGAAUUAGGCAAACAUUUAGAGUAGCGACCAACGUUCCUGUCGGGCCACCCUAUGGCAAUACUGAAAACUACGUUUCGGUAGAGGGAUACUGGAUUGAGCGUGGUACGGAGCUUCCUCGCGAGGAUCCAAACUAUGUUGUCACGAAAACGGUAAAACAGAAUCUCGCUGAAAUUGCUCGCAUCACUUCUAGUGGAAGGUUCCCUAUUUUGUUGGAAGGCGAAACCAGCUCAGGAAAGACUUCCAUCGUUUGCCACCUCGCCCGAAUCAGUGGUAACGCGAUUGUUCGCAUCAAUAAUCAUGAACACACCGAUGUGCAAGAGUAUAUGGGGUCAUAUGUUGGUGAUAGCAGUGGACGCUUGGUGUUUCGUGAAGGGGCGUUAGUAAAAGCUGUACGAAAUGGUAGCUGGGUGAUUCUGGACGAGUUGAAUUUAGCUCCAACCGAUAUCAUAGAAGCUCUGAACAGGGUCAGUUUAAUUUUACUUUGUCCCCCACGAACUCAUCUUAGCAUAUUCACUGAGUUUUAUGUGCCGGAAAUGACCGACGCCCACCAGAUAGCCUUGGUUGUUUCUGCUUAUCUUCCCUCGAUGAAGUCAGCUGCUGUCAGUAACUUGGUAAACUUCUAUCUUCAAGCAAAACAACUCUAUCCGAUGAGCUACAGCUUGCGAACCCUGUGCCGUGCUCUGAUGUUCGCAUCUGAGAAUAUGUUUGGUAAUGAGGAUCGCUCAUUAUAUGAAGCGAUAUGUAUGGCUUUUCUCACCAAUCUUGAUGCCGAAGCUAAAGAAAAAAUGCGGGUCAGAAUUAGGCAAACAUUUAGAGUAGCGACCAACGUUCCUGUCGGGCCACCCUAUGGCAAUACUGAAAACUACGUUUCGGUAGAGGGAUACUGGAUUGAGCGUGGUACGGAGCUUCCUCGCGAGGAUCCAAACUAUGUUGUCACGAAAACGGUAAAACAGAAUCUCGCUGAAAUUGCUCGCAUCACUUCUAGUGGAAGGUUCCCUAUUUUGUUGGAAGGCGAAACCAGCUCAGGAAAGACUUCCAUCGUUUGCCACCUCGCCCGAAUCAGUGGUAACGCGAUUGUUCGCAUCAAUAAUCAUGAACACACCGAUGUGCAAGACAUGUGUGCGCUGCUUUGCGCUAAACUGGCUGUUUGUGCUCCACUUUUGGACGAUAACCGCGAACUUUACGUCCCGGAAACGAAUGCAGUAAUCAAAGCACAUCCAAGGUUCCGACUCUUUGCAACCCAGAACCCUGCUGGAAGUUAUGGUGGCCGAAAACGUCUUUCACGGGCUCUAAUGUCUCGAUUCGUUGUGCUACGCUUCAACAACAUUCCUCUGGAUGAACUCUCGUCAAUGGUUUGCGUACGAUGCGGCGUUCACUCAUCUGCUGCAACUAAAAUGAUCAAUGUUCUCUCAAAACUCCGAGUGAAACGAUCCAUUACUGGUGUUUUCUCUGCUAAAGAUGGUCUUAUGACACUUCGCGAUGUAUUUAGAUGGGCGAAACGACUUGCCACGGAUUCAUCAUGUGACGACUGGCUUCAGGUGCUCGCGAAUCAUGGCUACUUUCUGCUAGCUGGGCGCUGCCGAAACCAGAAAGAUGCCACUUCAGUGGUUGAGACUCUUGAGGCGGAGUUGAAGAGAAAGAUAGAUCCGUCGAAAUUAUUCGCAGUGAAUUCGCCUUACAUGCCAAAGCAUGCGGAUACGAAGGGUAUUGUUAUGACUCUUGGUAUGAGACGAAUGCUAGUCAUGACCGAACAGGCGUGGCUCCGCAACGAAGCUGUGCUUAUGGUUGGCGAAACUGGUGGUGGCAAAACAAGUUUGGCACAAGCAGUUGGCAAAGGCGCUUUGUUGACCAUAAAUUGUCACGAAAGAACGGAAACCGCAGAUUUGUUGGGAAGAUUACGUCCAAGAGACAACGGAGGAUUUGCUUGGGCAGAUGGUGUUGUGAUUUCUGCGAUGAAGGCUGGAGUUCCUCUUCUGAUUGAUGAGAUUUCGUUGGCGGAAGAUUCUGUCUUGGAGCGGCUAAAUCCACUCUUUGAAGAGGUCAGUUCCGUUAUGCUUCACAGAAACAAGUCAUCAGUGUUUGUGAAGAAGUACAGCAUUCGAAGAAUUUUCUGUUUACGACGUCCAAUUUGCAGAUUUGCUUGGGCAGAUGGUGUUGUGAUUUCUGCGAUGAAGGCUGGAGUUCCUCUUCUGAUUGAUGAGAUUUCGUUGGCGGAAGAUUCUGUCUUGGAGCGGCUAAAUCCACUCUUUGAAGAGGACCGAACCUUACUACUAUCCGAUGCCGGAGUUGAAGUGCAUCCUGUUUCCGCUUGUGACGGUUUCCAAAUUAUCGCCACUAUGAAUCCUGGAGGAGAUUAUGGCAAGAAGGAGCUAUCAAAAGCACUGCGAAACCGUUUCACGGAAGUGUGGUCGAGUUGCGAUUACGAAGGGAAUGAAUUACUCGAAAUAUUCAACUCGAGGCUAGCGGACAACGUCCGUAAGCUUCCGGUUUCUUUCGGGGUAUCACCGGCAGAACUGGUGAUUAACUGGAUAGCAGAGUUUUUCAAGAAAUAUAUGCACAUGUUCAGGCACUCUCCAUCAGUGCGUGAUGUGGUUGCUUGCGCUGAAAUAUACUCGGCUUGUGUCGCCAACGGAUUGCCUCAAUACGCAGCCAUCUACGAGGCAAUUUCUGCUGUAUUCUUGGACGCUCUGAAUGGCCAACAAAUGCGUGUAGCUGUAGACGUCAAUGGAAUCCGCAGCAACGCAGAGCUCUUGGUAUUUUAA